AUGCCCUUUCUCAACAUUGUGAAAGCGCAGCAUGACAACAAGGCUUGGGAUUGGUUUCCAUGGAAGAAGGUGUUGAGCGAAAAGGUGGCUUCUGUGCUUGAAGAUAGGAAGCCUGCUCUCGGGCCCCUAGAAAUCUUAUGCGGGGCUAAUGUGGAGGAGCAGUUGGACCGUGAGUUUUCCAAUGCGCCUUUCCCUAUUUUGCAGUUGCUGACAGUGCGCGGGCAUGCAUAUGCUAUGGUUGGGAGCGGGCACUUAGGUAGCUGGACGCUUUACAACAACAGGUUCAUGAAGUUUUAUAUUCAGGAGCCAGGACCCCACUUGCGUUACUGCUCGGCCCAAGAAGCCGAAGAGGCAGACCAAGCCGCAAUGAGAGAAGUCUUUAACUUGUGCUUUGCAGGUGCGAGCAUUGAUGAUGCCUUGCAUUCAAUUGCUGUUGACAGGGAUAUGCUCAGGUCUCUCUUGAUGCCUCGUCCAAAGGUGGAUAAGCGUUUCAACAGAGAGCCAUUGGCGCGGAAGCGCCCAGCAGCACCUGCCACAGGUCCAUCAAAGCGCUUGCGCAAUGGAGAGUGUUUCAAGUGGCGCCUUGGUGAGUGCAAGUUGAAGAACUGCCGGUUCGCGCAUGCUUGUGCAGUGUGCGGAGCCACAGAUCACCAUGCCGAAAAUUGCAAAGAGGCAAGCGCAGACCAUCGGAAGAACCCGAAGACAAAGGAUGCGCUGCAAAUGGUCCAAGUACCAAGCGGUUCGCCACAGGGCCUGGAUGCUAGCGGAUUGUUGCGGCUGAAAGAUGGUGGUGGUAUACAUUCAACUGCUGACUGGUAUCUUCCCAAGGGCGUAGAUUUGCUUGCAGAACUGCGGAGCCAAUUUUUGGAUUUGGUGUGCGAGUGGCAGCUACUACCACGCUUGCGCUCUCAUGUGGCGCAAGCUAGCCGGGAGCCUUUGCUGAAUGAAGAUGAAGUGCAGUGUGUGAAGUAUCGCUUAGCAGACUUUCUGACGAGCAAACGCUUCCCGUGCAAGGUUGAGGUGCCGCCGGGUCAGCCACUAAUUUUGGAUCUGUGGCGUGCGCUUUUAUUGUUCUACGACGACAUUGAUAUGAAAUUGCCUUGCAUUUUACGUGAGGGCGUGCCCAGAGGCAUUUUGGCAGAUGUUCUACCUUCAGGGGUGUGGCGCGCAGUGGACAAACCUGAGCGCCCUGAAGGCGUCGAGCUCGAGAUCUUAGAGGAGCCAUGGGGCUCGGCGUUGGAAGAUCCAGACUGCUUAAUGCGACUAGUGCAAGCAGAUGUUGAAGCCGGGUUUGCUGACUGGAUUCCUGGCGGUGUGGAAGAGGCCCGGCGCAUCUUUGGGGCAAAUUGUGCGGCUGGCAAGCUGGGCUUAGUCAAGAAAGCAGGCUCGGAGCCCAGGUUCCAGGCCGAUGAUGUAUCCUCGGCAGAGCCGCGCCCCAAAUACCGGAGGAGUUUCUCUGCUGAACAGGUUGAUUCUGCCCGUGCCCUGGAAAAUUCUGAUAGGCGCAAGUGGGCGCGGGAAUGGGCCCGCUGCGCCCUUCAAGUGGCUGAGAAGAGCAGUUGGUUACAGUUGGUUGAAGGAGGCCGCGAGGUGUCCUCAGAAAACAUCAUCCGCACUUUCUUGGAUCGAGUAGCAGCACCCUCGCUGGCACAUUUAUUUGCGUUUCUUGACAGCCUGGCGGUUGGUACCUUUUUGGACCGUGGCCGUGGACGCCGGGCCUCCGCUGUAGCAACGCUGGCUGCGCUACAGUUUGGUGCCUGGAAGCUGGGACUCUCGGUGCUGGAAAACUUGCUGGCUUCUUCUCCAGUGAAAGCUUGGAAAAGGGGAACGGACUGGCACAAAUCACUUUGCAGGGAAGCUGUUCCAUUGCCUGUUGCUGUAGUCAAGAAGUUAGAGGAAGCUGCCAGUCAAGGUGCGGAAGAUAGCCUUUUUCUUUGCAGUAUGCUGCUAAUGUGCUGGUGUGGCUUGCGGUGGUCCGGCACUUGUUGGCGCACUAAAGCUUGUAAGCGUGGUAUGGUCUGGGGCUGCAUGUCAGAUGGCUUUCUACAGAGUGCUUGGGGUGAACAUUUGUUUCUUCAUAUUCAAGAUAUCCUGCGUAGGUACCCAUCACGAGAUUUUUUGUUAGAAUUCAACGGGCGUCCAAUGUCCUACAGCACUGGUCUUGCACAAUUCAGGCGUUGUCUGCAUAUCCAUGGCGGUGUUGCGUUGGAAUCUUGCUUGACCUUCAGCUUGCAUUCCUUGAAGACAACCAUGUUAACAUAUGCCAGUCAACGUGGCGUGGACCGCAACUUGCGUGCUGCGCAAGGGCACCACCAGCUGAAGGAAGCUAAUGCCUGUGUGGAGCUGUAUGGAAGAGAUGAUGUGCAACCUACGCUAGAAUGUCAAAAACAAAUCCUUUCAGCAGUGCAGAGCGGCUGGGUCCCCGCGAUUCCUUUACAGCGUGGGUUGGUCUUGCUGGAUACCUCUGACAAUAGGGGUGUAAACAAGGUUGAGGAACCGUGUCAAGAUGAUAAAACAGAUGUCAAGCGACGGGGAGCUUGA